AAUGGGUCACUUAUCUACCUGUCAGCCUAAAGCUACCUGUCAGCCUUUAAAUUCUGUCUGCCAAUGCAGAAAUUGCAUCAUUUGUUGAGCGACACGCAACGAAAGUGUUUCACACUGUGAGAGCAAAAAUAAAUCUACUCAAUAGACAAAUUAGACAGCUGACAAUGUCCGAGUUUGGGAGCAGAAGCGGCAAUAGAAUCAUGGAGACUCUGGGCUAUGCCCUGUACUUGCACUGCCAGGAGCUGAGGCGCCCGAAGCGCUGCCGUCGCCUGAUGCGCGUGGCCAGCACCAAGCUGCAGCUGACCAAUGAAUUAAUCUGGCAGCAACGUUGCCAAUGGCAGCUGGCGGCGCCGAGCUAUCAGGAGCGCAGUGCACUGAAUCGUGAACGUCAAUAUCGCGACAUACUCGAGCAAAAUAUGCAGCGCCAGCAGCUGAAGCAACAGCAACAGAAGCAACAACGGCUACAGCACGCAACACGCUCGAAGCUCGAGGCUGGAAGCUCAAACAGCAUCCAGUUUAAGAUAGAUUAGUUGCAGCGCCGCGGCGUUUACGUUAAGAUCUCCGAGUUAAAGCGAUAUGCAAUAAAGGCGCAUAAAUCAUCAAAGAGCA